AUGUUUUUCUUGAUCGUGUUUUGUACAGUGUGCUUAUCUUGGCCGGGAGUUUGCGAUGACGGCACAGCAUACGACAACACGCCCAUUAUCUUAAAGGGCUCGUUGGGGGACGAGGAGGGCAGUUGUCCUCCCGGCUUCAAGUGGAACCUUGUCAAUCAGAGAUGUGAAGAUAUCAAUGAGUGUCAGUUGCCUCGCCCACCUUGUCUUAAGUACCUGUGUGAGAACACUAUUGGUGGUUACAAGUGCGCCGGGAAGUCAAACGUGCUGUCUACUGAAGCGGAGAAGGAACCAAAGACGAAGAUAGAAUGUAAAGAAGGCACCAAACUUAGUUCAGGAAGAUCUACAUGCGAAGAUAUCGACGAGUGUCGCGAUGGUACCCACACUUGUGAUCUGCUCCAGGACUGCAUCAAUACGUUAGGUGGAUAUGAAUGCCGGUGUAAGCAUGGCUACGAACUCGACUCUUCCUCCGAGUCCUGUAUAGAUAUUGACGAGUGCGCUUUGAACCAAAGCAUCUGCAGCAAUGGCCUGCAAUGCCGGAACCUGCUGGGGUCAUUCACCUGUAUCAAUGUCGUUACCACGACCACCACCAUCUCACCCUCCGAGGACUAUGAAUAUGAGUAUGUAAAAUACUUAUUUUAUUAUUGA